AAGUCAAGUGCAUGUAACACAUCGUAAUAUUCCUAUGUGGUAAAACUGGCCUUUUACCUUCAUUCUCCAGUGACCGGAUAUAGAUGUCUGUGACAAGUAACUCUGGAGUGGACAAGCUGCUGAAGAUCUCCAGGUCAUGCCCUACCUGGUCCACACAGCAAAUCUUCAACUUGCAGGAUUUGCUAUUUCGACUGUGGGCUGGAUUUUGAGUUUCAUUUCCACAGGACUUGUACAGUGGAGAGUGUGGCAUGUAACUAACACCACCAUCAUAACUUCUGGCAUUGCUUGGAUUGGUAUCUGGAGGACUUGCUUUUUCAGUCACGUUUUGGUGUCCCCAAACCUAGAAAUUAUGCACUGUCAACCUUUUAGUGUGACGGACUCCUUCGUACCACGGGAAAUAUUUGUGGCACAAGGUCUCAUGUUAGUGGCUAUUAUUCUUGGAGCAGCUGGGAAAGCUGUAUGUGUCUUUGGACUAAAAAAUGUCCUUCAAGGUACAAGUGAUAUAUCAGUAAUUCCUCAAUGGUUUACAGCAGGCGGGAUCCUAAUCCUACUUUCCAGCAUUUCCAUUAUGAUUCCUGUGGCCUGGAACAUGCACUCAGUAAUCAAUAAUUUCAGCAUAGUCUUUCCAAGUACAUUCGUCAUGCCGUCCUGUCCUCAGAAGCAGGAAGUUGGAGCCGCCAUCUCUGUGGGGGUUGUCUCUGCCAUUUUACUUUUUACAAGUGGGAUUUUUUUCCUUAGUUAUAGGUUACCUAAGGAUUCUGAUAACAGAGUAUUUCCUAUAAAUGAUGAGGAUUCGAUAUUCUCGGACAGUGUAAGCCUGGGCUCAGGAUUAAUGUUUAACUCCAGGAGCGUUCUAUCAUUGAAACAUUAUUUAAAUGCAACACUAAAGUGUGAUGGAAUUAAAAAUGAUGCCUUUAUCUGGGAGAUAGAUGACAAGCUAUAA